AUGCGCACCUCAGACAUCUUCCUUACCAUUUCGUCUUUGGUUGUCGGGUCGCUGGCCGGCACGUACAAUAUUGACAAGACGUAUAUCGGCGAGGAUUUCCUCAACACCUGGACCCACGAGGCCAUCUCCGACCCGACGCACGGUCGAGUAGAUUAUGUAACCCAAGCGACGGCGCUAGCGGAAAACCUUACUUAUGCAAAUGGUGACACGCUCAUUAUGCGCGCCGACGCCACGACAGUAUUGUCGGCGUCGGGGCCUGGAAGGAAAAGUGUUCGCCUUCAGAGCCAGGAUAGUUUCGGCACACACAUCGUUAUUUUUGAUGUCAGACACAUGCCUGUGGGCUGUGGUACCUGGCCCGCCGCUUGGGAGACUGGCCCCAACUGGCCAGCAAACGGCGAAGUUGAUGUGGUAAGUACAUACGUGAUCGAAGGCGUCAACGACCAAGGACCUAAUUUGGUGUCUCUCCAUGUCGCCACCACUUGCAGUAUGCCCUCCUCUGGCCGGGAUAUGUCUGGAACUGCUGGAUCACUGAAUUGUGAUGUCAACACCGAUGGCAACAGCGGAUGUGGUGUCAACAAUCCCACCUCCAAUAGCUUCGGUCACGACUUCAACAAUGCAGGUGGAGGUUGGUAUGCUAUGGAGAGGACAAGCGACGAAGUGAAAGUUUGGUUCUGGUCAAGACAGGACAGCACUGUCCCUGGCGAUGUGCAGAGUGGUGCUGACGAGGUCAACACCAACAACUGGAAUCAACCGGUCGCGUACUUCCCGAGCACGGACUGUGACAUCGGUAAUGAGUUUGGCAAAAACAACAACCUUAUCUUCGAUCUCACUUUCUGCGGAGACUGGGCUGGUGGCUCGUCUUACGCUGCAGCCGGAUGCUCUGGCACCUGUGUCGACUGGGUGAACAAUCACCCAAGCUCAUUCCAUGAUUCAUACUGGGACGUCGCCGCUGUUCGCGUCUACACGUAA